UCAGACGAGGUUGACUUAAAUAUUUUAAAAGCAUAUCUUAAGCGUUUAUAAAGGAUGGAGAUAUUUGCUACAAUUUUACUUGUGGCAUGUGCAACGGUGGCAUUGUCAGCGCCAGAUUGUCCACCAGAAGGUCAUAUUCAUCCAGGAUAUUCUUAUGAAGCUCCUGCUGCUUUAACAAAAGUAGUAAGCCCGAGUUAUUCUGCAUAUCUUCCACCAGCAGUUACAAAAGUUGUGAAACCUGGUGUAUCUUACGCAGCACCAUACAAUUAUGGAGCAUUCCAUUCAUAUGCACAACCUAGUUAUGCUGCUUAUUCUGCACCUGCAGUAGCUAAAGUCGCUUACCCCCAACCUUCUUAUGUUGCACCUGCAGUAGCUAAAGUCGCUUACUCUCAACCAGCAUAUUCUUCUUAUGUUGCACCAGCUGUUACAAAAGUUGUGCAGCCUGGUGUAUCCUACGCUGCUCCAUACAAUUAUGGAACAUUCAGCUCAUAUGCUCAACCUUCUUAUUCUGCUUACUCAACACCUGCAGUGGCAAAGGUUGCUUACGCUCAACCAUCUUACGCUUCAUACGCUGCACCAGCUGUUACAAAAGUAGUCAGUUCAUAUGCUCAGCCUGCUUAUGCUGCUUAUGCUACGCCUGCAGUAGCCAAAGUUGCAUACGCUCAACCAUCUUACGCCUCAUAUGCUGCACCAGCUGUUACAAAAGUAGUCAGUUCAUAUGCUCAGCCUGCUUAUGCUGCUUAUGCUACACCUGCAGUGGCUAAGGUCGCUUACGCUCAACCAUCUUAUGCUUCAUAUGCUGCACCAGCCGUUGCAAAAGUAGUCAGUUCAUAUGCUCAGCCUGCUUAUGCUGCUUAUGCUACACCUGCAGUGGCUAAGGUCGCUUACGCUCAACCAUCUUAUGCUUCAUAUGCUGCACCAGCCGUUGCAAAAGUAGUCAGCUCAUAUGCUCAACCUUCUUAUGCUGCUUAUGCUACACCUGCAGUAGCUAAGGUCGCUUACGCUCAACCAUCGUACGCGUCAUAUGCUGCACCAGCUGUUACAAAAGUAGUCAGCUCAUAUGCUCAACCUUCUUAUGCUGCUUAUGCUGCGCCUGCAGUAGCCAAAGUUGCAUACGCUCAACCAUCUUACGCCUCAUAUGCUGCACCAGCUGUUACAAAAGUAGUCAGUUCAUAUGGUCAACCUGCUUAUGCUGCUUAUGCUACACCUGCAGUAGCUAAGGUCGCUUACGCUCAACCAUCUUAUGGUUCAUAUGCUUCACCAGCAUAUGCAGCAAGUUAUGGUUCUUUCGGAAUUGCUGCACCAGCUACAACAUUAAUAAAAUCACACCCAGCAGUACUUAACUCAGUCAUUGCAAAGCAACAUGAUAUCUAUGAGGACAAUGGAGUUUAUGCUAAUUCAUAUGCCAAAUAUUCUUUCGAAUAUGGUGUAAAUGAUCCCACAACAGGUGAUAUUAAGCAUCAAAAAGAAGAAAGAGAUGGUGAAAUAGUAAGAGGGCAAUAUUCCCUCGUUGAACCUGACGGUAAUGUAAGAACUGUUGACUAUUAUUCUGACGAAUGGGGAUUCCAUGCUGACGUUAAAAACUCACGAGAUAAUAUUCAUAAAUGAAUCGAAGAAUAAUCUGAGAUCUUCUUCCUUUUAACUCAACCAAAAUAUUUAUCUAAGUCCUAAGUCACAACUCAACAAUCUUAUUCGUCCUUCUAAUUGUUCUUGAUUUCUCCAUACCUUCAUAUCAAAGUAUUCUUUGUGAAUGUCAUUUUAGGAAUAAGUUUAUUUUUUCACUUUUCAAAACUUUCAUCUGUCGAAUAAAUUGAAAUUUUCUAUGUGAUACACGAAACGAUAAAACACGACUUGUCUUUAAAUACAUAAAAACUAUUUGAUUACCUACAUAUUCUGAAUUUUAAAAUGUACAAUGUUUAAGCUAUUCCUUUAAUAAAAUAAUGUUACAAAAAAGCAUUUGCUUUUUAUUUAC